AUGCAUAAUUAAUUACUAACUAAUAGAUGUAAUUUCAAAACUGAUCGCAUUUCCAAAAUCCUGUCAGCCUACACUGUGGAAAGUGAAAAGCAUAAUCAACAGAGUUUUCGAAUGUUGAGCUAGAAAAUCAAGAGUAAAAUAGGAAAUUAAAUCAGCGAUCAUCAAACUCUCUACCCUAAACCAGAUAUCAAAGACUCUAAAAUAGAAAUCUCUAAAUUUUUUAGUGACCAUAAAAAAACUCAGAUCUAAAUCAAUGUUAAAGAUUUACUCAUGCAUAAAAGUUAAAUGCAAAAAUCACUAUCCAAAAAAUCCAGAGAUUCCAAUCAACGAUAAAAUGAAAUCAUCGAAAAAUUGAAUAAGACAUAGAACGAAAUCUAUAAGAAUUACAUUGCCAAAAGAGAUUCUAAUGGAUCAAAAACUUAUAGAGACUCAAGGGAUUUGGAUAUCCGUAUCAAGUUGAAUGAUAAAAGUACUCAAUCCCAACAAGCCUUACUCUAAACACUCAUCAAUAAGAGCAAUGAAAAAAAGUCAGUUGAACCAAGGGAUUCCCCAGAUCUAUGUUAUACCCCAUCACAUAACAUGCUUCAAUCUACCUUCUAAAAUAGCUUGCUUAUACGAUCAGGAAGCUAAGGCAAUGUGGCCAGCACCUCGAAAUUAAAUAAUAAAAUACAAGAUUCAAAACUUAAAAAAAUAAAAAACUAUCUUGAAUAAGCUAAAACCCAUCGACCAAUCGCAGAUUAUUAUAAACUGAGUCAAGAAAUUGAUAAGGUCAAAAAAGGCAAAUUAGUUUAAGUGGAAAGAAAUAAACUUCUAUCCCUCCUAAAAAUAGCAUAUCGAGCUAAAUCUAAAAUAGAUUAAUUUAAUGAAUAUCUGAAAAAAUAAGAAAAAAUUUCAACUUUAAUUUAGAGUUUCUUAAUAAAUGAGUUAUUAACUGAAAAUAGCAUUGAAUCAAUCUUAUCUUUGGAAUGA